CGUACAUAACAGCUUUCCCGGAAAAUACGUUUCAUAAGAAUCUCACGAAGAUACACGCGAAUAAAAGUCAUGAAGUUCUAACAGAGCAAAUGACCAAUAUAAAAUCUUUAAUGGACAGGGAAAUCAGUUUGCAAGACCCAAGCGUUCUUUUCUUGAUGUUCGAGGCCAUCGGAAAUAAAACGGUGUCUAUUCCAGCGGUCCAAGAGCUAUUUAUGGAUAAGAAUCAAAAAUUUGACGCCAUAGUUGCUGAAUGGAUGUUCUCAGAACUGUAUGCUGGUAUACAAGCAAUCUACGAAUGUCCAAUGAUCUGGUUCUCAACUGUGGAUCCGCAUUGGAUGGUGCUCAAGUUAAUAGAUGAAAUUCCCAACCCAGCGUAUAUUCCGGAUUGCUUAUCUUCUGAUAUCCCUCCAUUUUCCUUCUGGCAGCGAGCAAAGGAGCUAUUUUCCAUGCUUUUUAUACAAUUACUUAAAUAUUGGGCCACAUAUGACAAAGAACAGCAAUAUUACGAGGAAUAUAUAGUACCCCAUAUCAGAGAUAAGAGUAAACCUGUGCCAUCGUUGGAAACAUUGAGAUACAACGCGUCUUUGAUGUUGGGUAACUCUCACCCCUCUAUGGGAGGGUCUAUGAAAUUACCACAGAAUUACAAGCCAAUUGGUGGUUACCAUAUUGAUACGAAUGUUAAACCUUUGCCAGAGAAUCUCAAGAACAUCAUGGACAAUGCAAAGCAUGGAGUAAUUUACUUCAGUAUGGGAUCUAAUUUGCGGAGUGAAAACUUUCCAAAAGAGUUGAAAGAGGGACUUGUAAAAAUGUUAGGAGAGUUCAAACAGACUGUUAUUUGGAAAUUUGGAGAAGAUUUACCGAACCGUCCGAAAAAUGUCCAUAUUGUGCAAUGGGCACCGCAGCCAAGCAUUUUAGCUCAUCCUAACUGCGUGUUAUUCAUCACCCACGGUGGUCUGCUGUCAACCACUGAAGCAAUCCACUUUGGUGUUCCUAUUGUCGGUAUCCCAGUGUUUGCUGACCAGUUCACUAAUAUCGAACGCGCUGUGAACAAGGGAUUCGCGAAGAAAGUAACGCUCUCCUAUACUAUGACUGAGGAACUUAAAAAACAAGUUGAGGCUAUUUUGAGCGAUCCCAAAUAUGCAGCAAAAGCAAAGGAAUUAUCGCUUAUUUACCAUGAUCGUCCAGUAUCGCCUGGUAAUGAGCUGGUACACUGGGUAGAGCACGUGAUUAAGACAAAUGGUGCGCCGCAUCUACGCUCUCCCGCGCUUGUGGUGCCCUGGUACCAGAAAUUAUACCUCGACUUACUUGCUGUUAUCUUAGUAGUUGUUUUAAGUAUUGUGUAUUUAUUACGGAAACUGUAUAGACGUAUAUUCAAAAAAUCUAUCAAAAAUUUAGGUAAUAAGAAAAAUAAUUAAACU